AUGACAAUCACGGUGGUGCCAACGGUGGAGGAUGGCUGCCUUAUGGUGAGGGGCAAGGUGGUAUUGACCCAUGUCCCCGGAAACAUUUUGGUUUCUCCAGUUGGUACAUGGUCUGCUUUCUUGGGUGCAACUUUCACCAUUCCAAGCUCCCGUAAUGUAUUUACUCUUGGCAUUCUCCGAGGAUAUAGGUUGUUGUCUCUGUUAAGAGUCAAAACAUGGUGGAUGAUACCACGGGUAGGAAAAUCUGCAAGUGAUAUUCCAGUGGAAACUCAAUUGCUGCUCCUGGAAGCAAGAGAAGAGUCUUCCCUUCGGAAUGAAAUGUAUUCUGAGGACCCAACGACAGAGAACACUUUCUACAUUCUCUUCUUGCCUGUUUUGGAUGGACAGUUUCGCUCAACUUUGCAGGGAACUUCAUCAAAUGAGCUCCAAUUCUGCAUUGAAAGUGGAGAUGCAGACGUCCAAACUUCCCAAUCAAUAGAAGCAGUAAUUGUUAAUUCAGGGGACAAUCCAUUUGAGUUAAUCUGGGAUUCUAUCAAGAUAUUGGAGGAACACAAAGGAACUUUCUGUCAUGUUGAAAACAAGAAGAUCUCAUUGCAUCUUAAUUGGUUUGGAUGGUGCACUUGGGAUGCCAUUUACACUGAAGUGAGUCCACAAGGAACAAGAGAGGGCCUUCAAAGUCUAUUAAAUAGAGGUUUUUCACCAAAGUCUAUCAUAAUUGAUGGUGAAUGGCAAGAGACACUCAAUGAAUUUCUCAAAGAAAGUGCACCAAUAUUUGAAGGAACCCAUCAUCGUACUCAUAUCUUUCGUAGAAUUCUUGGUCUCAUUGGCUUCCCUUUGAAAAACAAAACAACACAUUUAUCAAAUUUGAUACAUUACAGUGAUAAGAUCCUCAAGAAGCUAGCACUGCCUGAUGGAUCAGUGUUGAGAGCAAGAUAUGCUGACCUUCCUACUCGAGAUUGUUUAUUUGAAAAUCACCUAAUGGAUGGUAAAAGUCUGCUGAAAAUUUGGAACUUAAAUAUGCUGACUGGGGUCGUAGGUGUCUUUAAUUUCCAAGGACUUAAAUCAUUGGAAGCCGAACCUAGGCGCAUAACCAUUUCAGGGAAAGUUAGUUCCCUAGAUGUAGAAUUUCUUCAAGAGAUUGCAGGUGAAAAUUGGAAUGAAGAAUGUGUAGUGUAUGCCUUCAAUGCAGGCUUGCUUUCCAAGCUACCAAGAAGAGGAAAACUUGAAGUGUCCCUGGAGACUCUCCAAUGUGAAAUAUAUACAGUAUCUCCAAUCAGGGUGUUUGGUCAUGACUUCCAAAUUGCACCAAUAGGAUUGCUUGACAUGUACAAUUCAGGAGAAGCAGUAGAAGCCAUGGACUGCACCAUGGAUGCUGCACAGUGCAUAAUCAAAAUCAGAUGCAGAGGAUGUGGCCGUUUUGGAGCCUAUUCUAACGUUAGACCGAAACAUUGUAUGGUGGACAAGAAGGAGGAGGAGUUCUUCUAUAAUUCUGAAGAUGGAUUAUUGACAAUCAAAUUUGAUGGUGAAGCUGAUUCAAAGAACAUAGAACUU